CACCUGGCUCAGAGAUAUCUUCUUUAAAUACAGCCUCGACGGCCUUUUCGCCGCUUGUCUAGCAAUUGGAUUGACUCUUCUCAUGCCUUUGGACGCAUUCAUUACGGUUCAUAGUCGGUCAACAUGCCACUCAAGAUGGGUAACAAUGUCGACACCAAGCGUGUGCCUUCCGUCCGGAGUCUCAAAACAAGCGCUCCUUGUCGAGACAAGCGGAAGGUUUCCAGGAUACAGCAGAAGACUGAUGUUGCGAAACGGAAAGACCACGAAAGAUCGCAUGAAAUUUGGUCAUUUGCUGCGAUCACUUUUGCAUUUGCCAACUACAUCUUACGCCAGGCGCCUCCUGAACUUCGCAGCAAAGUGGAAGACUUUGCGCAGGCUAGUCCUGGCCUGCUCACUAUGAUCCAAAAUGGGCCUCAGAUGAAUAUCCCUCCCAAGAGCGUGACCACGACAUCGUGUAGGAUUUGUGCUGAAGCCCAAUCCCCGCCGACAAAACCUCAAGUGUGACUUGACUGGGUACAAGGAGCCUCGCUUCGAGCCCCACCGAAGUGACGUUCAUAUUGACAGUCCACUGAGCUGGGCCCGGGAACUUCCCUCCCAAUUAUGAAGCGACUUAUGAAACCUCAUUUGACGUGGUAGUUUGUCUUAUAUUAUAGCUCACAUUUGCUGGCGUACUCAGGGACUGAGUGCUGGUUUCAUCAACGUUUCCAGCCCUUGCGUCUGUCUUUCCCUCUCAAUGAUCCGUGAGCCCAGGCUCGCGGCUGUUUGUACACUGCAAUUUUGAG